AUGGCGAUGCCGGCUGCGUGCCUGUCUUUCAUGGUUGCCAACAUCGAGGCGCGAAGAAUGACGAUGAAGCCUGCUGCUUCGUUAUCUCACUGCUGCAUGUUUGCUGAUAGAAGGGCGUUCUCAACAGGAAGACAAUGUGUCUUCCCAGCUGAUAGGAAGGACAGGUGCUGUACGCGCACCUUCAUGGCUGGAAUCAACGGUGACGAUGAUAUUAUUGAUGUGAGUGACUUGGUGGAUUCCUCUGCUUAUGACUUUACCUGGGAUGGACAUGAUGCAAUGGUCUUUGAGAACUUUCGUUGCUCAUCUGGUCAGAUUGCGAAUCACAUCAAGAAGAUGGUAGUUGACGAGCCUGCGCGAGUUUCAACCCUCAUCGCACAUUUCGGGGAAGAAUCUCAAGAGGUGACUAGAAUGUCAGCUUUAGGAGCCAGGCUGCUACGUCUGACCUUUUUAUCGUCUCCCCUCCGUCAUCUCAUGGAGGAUGAGAUCCUCGGAACGUCCACUGUCGUAAGUUUGUUCAUUCCCAUACCAAACACCUUUUCACAGGUUUAUCAGGAUUUCACAGCUGAAGAUAUCCUGGCAGUUGCAGAGAGUUCGGAAACAGAGGGUGCGCGGCUGAUUGUUAACAGGAAGCAGAGAGACAACUCGGUGGCACGAGUUUUUCGACGGAAGACACCAAGUGAAGACGAGCGAGUCUCAAGUGCUGGUUCCGCAUCGAGCAGGCUGCAAGAUUUUACGGUCAAAGAACUCAAGCUUCUUUGCAAGCGCCAGGGAGUGCCAUCGAGUGGACGCAAGUCGGAACUGAUAGAGCGACUGAUGGGCGUGUUGGACAAAUAG